CUAACCUAGGCAAGAGUGAAUGAAAAUAAAUAAAUAAAUAAGGUAUUUGAAAAAUAGUAUUUUUUCAGAUGGACGGAAUACCGAAACAGAAAUAUGAAACUUGCAUGGAGCUUGUUGAGGAAUACCGGAAUUGUAUAAGUAGUAAUCCUUUUUUGAAAUAUUUUUCCUACUGUAAUGAUGCUAGAACCGCAUUUACAAAAUGUACUAAAGAGUUAUACGACUUGGAAAUGGCCAUUAGAAGAGAAAAAAAUAAAAAGAUUAAGGAAGAGAGACUAUCUAGAAUACGGGCACCAUCAGUUGAGCAAAUACAGGGAAAAUGCUAGUUGAUUUAUGUGAAUUAUAUGCAUGAAUGUUAUGUUUAGGAACGUUAUGCUCUGUUGUACAUAAAUAAAUAAAUUUUAUUCCAUCAAAAACUACUCAUUGUAUAUUUCAGUGUCAAAAGUGACAAUAAUAUAAUCAUGGGCAAUUUAUUCAGAAAAAAGAAGGAACCAAACCAACCAGUAGAAAGUAUUAGGGUCAGCCAUAAAGGAACAAGUAUCUACGGCCCAGGCACAAGCAUUAUACCUUUCUCAGUAUCAUCUUUAGAUGAAUACAUAAAAGCCGAGUUGAGUUCUAUGGUAUCAACUUCUUCUUGUACAAGACCAUCGGUAUACCAUUCCGAAGAAUCAGAAAAUAUAUCGUCACACAAAGAUGUAGAAGAGACGGAGUCUGUAAUUCUUACAGCCGCCCAACUAGAAAAUAUCUAUGAGCAGUAUAAAGCCAUGAAUUCGCAAAGUUUAAGCGAAGGCCUUUUUAUGCCUUAUGAAACUUCGAAAGUGGUCAAACACCUUCUCGAUAUGUGGCAAACUGACAUGAUUUUCAAAUUCGAUAAUUAUCAGAUUUAUGCAAGUACUGACGUGAAUUUGCUCAAGAAGUAUUCCGAAGGUAUAAAAGAUGCAGCAGAAUCGGACCCUCAGCAAAUGUUCUUGAGGCACACCAUCAAGAUGAUCAUAACCUACAAAAUGAUACUGGACCGUCUUGAUAACGAUAGAGCGGAAGAAUUACUUCAACAAUUAGCCAUAAGCCAUGGUUUGUUGGGGGUUAAAGGUGAAGAUUUCAAGGAAAUGGAUCUCCACCUUACCAAGUACUUGCUUCAAAGAAACUUGAUAAACGACGAAAGUAUCAUUUCCUUGGUGGCCUUUCUGUCACUCACUUCCGACGAAGUGAAGAGGAGUCUUUCCGAAAGGAGAAACAAGGCAAGGAAUUCGUACAUUUCACAAAUGGGACUGGUGGGAAGACCCAACAUAACCAGAGAUAAUUAUAGGUGCAUGAAACAAUGGUCUCAAGUGGUUUCGUUGAUCAACACCAAAGCCGAUAUAAUCCUGAAACAGAUAAGAAGAAUCAAACCCGAGGUGAAAACGGAGGACGACAUGGUGACAAUUGAUACAGAAACGUUGAAAGCGAAGGAUUGCCUUAUAAGAAGGCUGAGAAAAAUUGGGUUGCUCAAGACAAAUGAUUGAUUG